AUGCCUCUGCUCAGAAUGUCGUCCCAAGAGGAGUCCUACCCUAUCAACAUUGCGAACUCGCCACCACCACCCACUGAUCUUGGGUCGUACUCACGCACGAUGCUUCAGCAUACCAAGAGACAAAUGGAGGCAUUCUCCAGCAGCUCCGAGCGACGGAGCCGCAGUAACGGAUCGCGGAGCAGUGGUCAGCGGGGGGUUGGCACACCAUCGAUGCCGAAUGGUGUGCACCAAACAUCGAGUUCCCCGGACGACUAUCACCACACAUGA